AUGACCUACAGCACACCACCGCCUUCGUCACACUCCUCCAGCAUGCGGACUACACCAACAUCCCGGCGACAGCAGAUGCACUCGUGCGAUGUCUGUCGCCGCCGCAAAGUCCGCUGCGACUCUGUCGAUGAGGCACCCUGCAGCGCCUGCACGAAGGCCGCCGUCGAGUGUCGUUUUACAGUCGGCUGGCGACGACAGCGACGGCCGCAGACUCGGCCCGGUUCGCGUCCCCAGCGGUUCUCCCAGCGGUUUUCGUCGUCGUCGUCGUUGUCGUUGCCGUCGUCACCACUGGCACCGUCGCCGAGAGCGUCUUUGGACGAGACAGCUGCCACCAGCACAGUCGCCAACACGACCGCCGCCACGACUGCCGCCACGGCCAGCCCUGCACAUACGUCGGUGUCCUGCUCCUGCCCACACAACCACCGCAGCGACAGCACCGACACACACACUUCGCACACCAGUCUCGCCGUCGAGCCACCGGAAUCCGAGGUCGCCCUCUCCAUCAACAUUGCCGAGAACGGCCUGCUGCGCUUCUUCCGCGACGGCCUGUCCUCAUCGUCUUGGGGCGUGUUUGAUAUGCCUGACAAUGUGCGCGUCACGUACAUGGGCACGCACAUCUCCAACAUGACACACCUCAUCAAGCUGGACCGCCCGCGCCCGCAGUAUCUCGUCUACCCCUACCCGCAGAUCCGGCCGCCGCUGUCGCCGCUGUCCUGCCAGCAGGCGCAACGGCACAUGCGGACCGACGAGCUGCGGACGAAGGCGGCAGCCAAGUCCCAUGAUGCCGCUGCCCGAAACGACAACGCAAGCUCGUCGGCUCCGUCUGCCUCGGCCCCGUCUGACUCCUCCAAUGCCUAUCCGGACGCUGUCGUCCGCGACAUCAACUCGUUUCCUGAAAAGGAGAUCCGCGAUGACUUUAUCAAUGCCUACUUUGAAAAGGUCAACCCCUACUUCCCCGUCAUCGACGAGUCUGAUUUCCGCGCGCGCUACGCCGACCCGCACAACCAGCCGGCGCUCGUGCUGCUGCACUCUGUCUUGCUCGUCGGCGCCCAUGUCUCGUCCCACGCCAAGGCCGUGCACGCCCGCCACAUUGUCAAAGCCGUGCUAUUUCGGCGCGCCAAGUGCGUCUUCGACAUGCGCCACGAGCACGACCGCCUGCACCUCGUCCAGGCCGCCCUGCUGUUUACGUGGCACCUGCAGAACGGCGACACCGCCAGCUCCAACAGCUUCUACUGGCUGGGCGUCGCCUGCCGCAUUGCCUACGGGAUUGGCAUGCACCGCGACCUCAUGAAGGACCCUCUGGAGCCGGGCCGCAUGCCCAUUCAGGACCGGCGGCUGUGGCGCCGCAUCUGGUGGACACUCUUCCAGGCCGAGGUGCUGUCGGCGCUCGAGCACGGCCGCCCCUCGGCCAUCCGCCGCGAAGACUUUGACCAGGAUCCGCUGUGCCUCGAAGACUUCCGAGAGGUGUCGGGCCGCAUCAACCCCAACGUCCAGGUGGCUUUCUGCGUGCGCCAGACGGAGCUGUGCCAGAUUGCCCUGGAUGUCAUGCACCUCAGUGCGCCGGGCGUGGCGCGCGUGCUGCGCGGCGACGACCUGAGGAGACGUGCCGACGAGCUGAAUGCGCGGCUGGUGCGAUGGAUGCUGACGCUGUCGUCGUCUGGCCUCGGCAAGACGGACAGCUUCGGCGACAUCUACCUCCGCCUCAACUACCACACCCUUGUCAUCCAUCUAUACCGGUUGUCUUUGGCCGAUUUGGCAGAUUUCUCGGCCGACCCGGCUUCCUCAGACAACGCCCGCCGCGUCGGCAGCAGCGCCAGUGGCGACAUUGUGUCCUGCUUCGAAACACUGCACGAAAAGAACAUGCUCGCACAGUGCCCCUGCAACGCUGUGACGGCCCUCACUGCCGCUGCGAUCCAGAUCGGCAAGGACGUGCAGUGUUCGCUGGGCGUUUUGGGCGAGGCACACGGCGGACCAGACAGCACGGCGUCUUCCACCACAACCAACACGAUGCUGGCCGUCAACGGGCUGUGUCUGCUGGACCGUGUCUGCGUCGCCGCUGAGCAUCUCAGCGUCUUCUGGCCCAACGUCGAGGGCGUCCGCAAGGUAUUUCGCAGCCUCUAUGAGCGGUUCACCACGGCCCUGGACGGCAUUCAGAUGUAG